CUAUUGCUAUUCCGAAGAGAAGAAAAUAUGGGUGUGAAGGGCAAGUUGAUUGCUUCAUUAGAGGUGAAGAGUGGAGGACACUCUGUUCAGGAUAUUUUUCACGUUAAUACCCAUCAUAUACCCAACAUAAGCCCUAGUAAGAUCAACCAUUUUGAGAUUCAUGAAGGUCAAAUUAUAAAGGUUGGUUCGAUCGUUAGCUGGAAAUACAACGAGGAUGGAAAAGAAAAGAUUGUUAAGGAAGUGAUUGAAGCCUUCGAUCCUCGGAAGAAAUCAAUCACUUGGAAAGUAAUUGAAGGAGAUUUGUUAGAGUUGUAUAAUUACUUCACUAUUAUCACAUCCAGUGAAGAUCAGUGGACUACAUGGACAUUAGUGUACGAGAAGAAAACUGAAGACACCCCUGAGCCUCUUGAUUUCAUGGGUGUAGUCCUUGAUUUGACCAAAGAUAUAGAUGCCCACCUUCUCAAGAAAUAAAAGAUCUAUAUAUAUAUAUAUAUAUAUAUAUAUAUGCGCGCGCACUCGUAUAUGUGUUUAAUAUUUGACAGUAUUGGCUAGUUUUAGCCACCGUGUGAAAUAAAUAAUGUCGUGUUUGGAGUUAUGAAUGUAUUUUCAGUGGUCAGCUAUGUAAGAUAUAAUGAAUUUUCCAAGUUUAAUAUUUUACCUGUAAGAUUUAAACUGUGGAAGAGCACAAGCAUUCUUUUACAGGAA